CGCGAAAAAAGGGGGCGAGCUCAACCGUCCAGGAAAAUGAGCGACAUUGCAGACACAGGGAGGGAAGGAGAGCCCGAUCGCUCUGGCGAGAGAAAAAGCUCUUCCUCUGGAUCGAGUGGCGUGCCAAAGAUGGCGGAGGGAAGGAUCGUGCGCGGCACAAGACCUCACGACAUUGCGGUCCACGAGAGGAAGAACUGGCUCAUCCACCUCCACUACAUCAGGAAAGACUUUGAGACUUGCAAAGUUCUCAUAGGAGAGAUGCUGCAGGAGACUGAAGGGAUGUGUGAAUACGCAAUCUAUGUCCUUGGACUGAUCAAGAGGCAGGAGGGAGAGAUCUCAGAUUCCCUGGAGCUCUUCCAGAGAGCCGUCACCCUCAACCCCAACAGCUCAGCUGCCGUCAAACAAGUCGCCAGAUCUCUGUUUCUGCUCGGAAGACACAAGUCUGCACUGGAGGCGUACAACGAGGCCCUCAGCCUCAGUCCCCAGGAAUGGGAGAUAUUACACAACAUGGGUGUCUGUUGCAUCUACCUCAAAGACUAUGACCAGGCAGUGGAGAGGCUGAGUGAAGCUGUCAGUCUAAGUCCCCAGAGCCAGUCCUACGUCCAGCUGGGCAGAGUACAUCUCCUCAGAGGAGACCUCCACAAGGCCACCGAGGUCUACAAAACUGCUGUCGACCAUAAUCCAGACUCCCCUGAGCUACUCACCACUCUAGGACUACUGUAUAUGGAGUUGGGAGAGACAAAGAAGGCGUUUGAAGCUCUGGGCAGUGCUCUCACUUUUGACCCCAGCAAUGCUAGGGCGAUCCUGGCAGCAGGGGCGAUGAUCCAGGACCACGGGGACUAUGACGUGGCUCUCUCCAAGUACAGAGUUGCAGCCGCAGUCUCACCGGAGUCUCCACAGCUCUGGAACAACAUCGGGAUGUGCCUCUACGGCAAGGGGAAACACGUGGCAGCCAUCAGCUGUCUGAAGCGGGCCACGUACCUCGCUCCAUUUGAGUGGAAGAUCCUCUAUAACCUCGGUCUAGUUCACCUCUCUCUCCACCACUUUGCCUCCGCCUACCACUUCCUGCGGGCCGCCGUGGGACUCUACCCACAGUCUGGACAGCUCUUCAUGCUACUUGCAGUUGCACUGGCUCACUGGAGGAUGACUAUGAGAAUACCCUGCAAAGUCAUACGAACAGCUCUCACACCCUAGACAGUGAUACCCCUCGCUCAUUUCACCUCACUUACUCCAUCGUCCUCUACAACAAUGAGCGAUGAGGGCUGCAGGAAACAGUUCCAGCUUUUCAAGAGCAAGACCUCAGACUCACGAGGACCACCAACCUGACUCUGUAGGUGGAGUCGUGGGCAGGAAGACUGGGACCUGCCAUACCAAGUGGGGGAGGAGAGGGAGGGG